UUGCGCGAAGAGCCCCUUCACUCGCUUAGAGCCAGCGGUGUGCAGAGCGGAGUGGAGCCAGUGGACUCGUAUCUUCGGUGUGUCUGACAGCUCACAGCUUCAGCGCUUCAGACUUGGUCAAUGGGAUAUGUGCCCACGUUUUGGCAACCACCGUAUGGAAUACUGAUUUUCUUUUUUGUUUAAUGGAAUAUCAUGAAAAUUUGAAACGCCCGUCUUAAUCAUUAAGAAAAUAGUAACAAAGAAGUGCAGAUGUUAUUGGGGGACAGAGCUUGUUCACUGUGUUUCAUUGCUUAGCGGAGCACCACCACCUGCUGCUUCAUAUGGGUCUCCAAUUCCCCAAACCCCUUCUUCACUGAUCGCUGAUUCCUUGUGGCACUUGAUGCCCCUGGAUUGUCAAUCAAGUGCCUAAGAUUUACAGGGGACACAGCUACAAGAUCACAGAGAUGUAUACAGGAUGGCAUCUCCUGUAAUUUUUACCAGGACUUUAAAUGGAAGGAAUGUAUUUCAUUAUAUUAGCAUUAUUUGCAUACUUUUGAUCUGCGGUUUUCAAAAAGAUGCAAUGAUUGCCAGCCAGAAUACUACAGCUACAAUGCCUGCAACCUUGAACACUACAGGUGCAUCCUCUGACAGCCUAAAUACGACAGAGACGUACUAUGUUUUCACAUUACAAGUAAAUGCUAUGGAUAAUACAACUGAAACAACUGUUUUGAAUCAGCUUCAAACAGUAUUAAAUUAUUCAGGAUGUAAUUUUUCAUUAAGCCUUUCAAACAACUGCAUUCCAUUUAUGAUUUAUCCAGUGCAAUGUAAUUUUACAGGAAACACAAGUUUUUCCAAUUGCACAGCUGUUAUCAGUAUGAAAAAUGAAAACAGCACAUGCAUUAUAGAAGGACUUUUAAAUAAUUCUGAGAAUAAUACUCUGCAAUUCACUCAUAUUGGAGGCGUACGACUUGCUACUCCAUGUAUACAAAAUGCAAAAAUUAAUGAAACUGAUAUUAUUACGUCAUUUUUUAAUCCGAGCAAUAAUUGUAAUUCAAAUGGUACAGACACAGGGAAUGUGUCAUAUAGCUUUAGUGACCCUCAAAACUGCACUGGAACUUCAGCUACUGGCCAGUCCUUUCCUACAGCUGGAGCUACAACUAAAGGCCCUGUCGUUGUUACUGGAGGAUCAUUGUCUUUUACAACUAAAAUCCCAGGCAAUGGAAAUGCAGGGCAAAAGUCUACUUUAAAAGCUAAUGUUACACAGCCAGCCAUCACUAUUACAGCUAAUGCUACACAGCCAGCCAUCACUAUUACAGCUAAUGCUACACAGCCAGCCAUCACUAUUACAGGGAGUCUUUCUGAAAAUUUCACUUCAGGCUUUUUUUAUUUUGUAUCAAUAUUUGUAAACACCACCAACAUAUCUACGUUUCCGUUCACUUUAAUGUCAAGUGACUUGAUGUGUAUAAACAAUUUGAGUACACAGAAUGACUUAUCAACUGCAAGCAAUUGUUCAUUAAAGUGUCUGAACGAAACUCCCUCUGAACAGAACAACAGUUCAAGUUACCAGACUUGCACCAUCCUUCUGAAAGCAACCAGAAUGAAUAACGCUUGCUUGAUUUUGGAAGGUUUUAGAAACAAUUCAAAAGGUGUAAACAUUUCUAUAUUAGAUGCCAGCUCCUGUAAUUAUACAUACUCCUUUACUGCACCAGUACCUACAUCAUAUCAGGAGUUUCUGAAUUUUUCUAUGGAGCUGAACAAAACAUGUCAAAACAAUGCAUCAGCUUCUCUCACUACAGCUAAUAUUCAAGAUUGUUACUCAACAACCACAGGAAACCAGACAUCAUGUGGUAACUGUUCUUCAGUUUGUCACUAUAAAUCUUUAACCUUGUUAAAUCUAACUGCAAAACCUAAUGCUGCUGAGGAGGAUAUCUUAAAAGAGUUGAAUGACACUCUAUCAAAAAUUAAUGGGAAUGCGACAAGUCAAAACAUUUCACAGAACAUUUAUUCACUUGCAUGUCCAGUACGCAAUCAGAGUGGGAUUAACUGUACAGCUGUUGUAGUCCUUCCAACAACAACAAAUUACAAAUUUAGUGUAAUCAGUAUUACAUCUAUAAAUAUCAUGUCUGUGGGUACAUGUAUACCUGAUAAUCAUACACAGGGCCUCCUGAACUACACGUGGUCUUCUUCAAGCUCUAAUGGUCCUAAUAUAUGUUCUGGUAAUGCAUGCAACCCUGGACUGAUUACCUUGUUUAGUUUGAAUGGUGCACCACUUCCUGUGCCUCCUACACCUCUUGUGAUCACAUCAGUAAACGGGCAGAACACAACAUCAAUCAGUGGUAACAGUGCAGAAGAAGAAAAUGUUUUAGGUUUGAUACAAAACUUUGACCCAUCUAAUCCUGAACUGUUGCUUAAUGCCUUGGAUGGACUACUAAACCAGCCCAGCAUCACAGUUCGUACUGCUGGGGUAGUUGUUUCAGCUGUUGGGACAAUGCUGAACAGCUCUGCACCUAAGGUUGUCUCCUAUUCCACAAGGAUCACACAAAUGGUGGACAAGGUUGGCCUUAAACUAAACCUGACAGAAGAUUUUGUAAACCUAACAUCAUCUACUUCCUUGGCUGUUGCUGUGAAAAAAGCAAAUGGCAAUAACUUUACAGAGUUAGUUUUUUCAGUGGAAGACCCUGACAAUUUACAGGUCACUCUGGGAAGUUCACAAUCUUUGUUUGAUGGAGGAAGUGUUACCUUUCCAGCUUCACUUUUGUCAAAUGUUUCACAAGGAAACAGAGAGUUGGUGUCCAAGGUCCAGUUUAACUUUUUUAAAAAAACCUUCGUAUUUCAGGAUAAUUCCCGUGCAAAUUUUUCUCUAAAUAGUUUUGUGGUGGGAGCAAAUGUGCCUAACAUAUCUCUUACAAAUCUGAAAGAUAAUGUUACUGUUCUCUUCAAGAAUAUUAACGAAACAAAGAACAAUGACACAGUGCUGUGUGUUUUCUGGAACUACAGCAAAUUUAUGAAUAAAGGAGGAUGGGAUGAGACAGGUUGCUCUGUAAAGAAUAAAACAGCCAGUAGCACUAUAUGCCAGUGUAACCAUCUUACAAGCUUUGCUGUUCUCUUGGGCUCAUCACUAAAUUAUCAACCAAAUAUAGUUCUAACUUACAUCACAUUCGUUGGCUGUGGCAUUUCAUGCAUUUUUCUUGCAGUUACUAUACUUACCUACUUGUUAUUUGAAAAACUACGGAAAGACUAUCCUGCCAAAAUUUUAAUUCAGCUUUGCCUAGCAUUGCUAGGUUUAAACCUGGUGUUUCUUAUUGAUUCAUGGAUUGCUAUAUACAAGGAUGUACCAGGACUAUGCAUUGCUGUUGCUGUGUUUCUUCACUAUUUUCUCUUGGCCUCUUUCACAUGGAUGGGCCUUGAAGCUUUCCACAUGUAUCUAGCACUGGUCAAAGUGUUUAACACCUAUGUACAAAGAUAUAUGUUGAAAUUCUGCAUUGUUGGAUGGGGACUUCCUGCAGUUGUGAUUGCAAUUGUUGUUGGAAUAAGCCGAGGCAACUAUGGACUGGCAACAUACAGCAAAUCCUCAGAUGGCUACACAGAUGAAUUCUGCUGGAUCAAAAAUGACACUGCAUUUUAUGUAUCCGUUGUGGCCUACUUCUGUGUGGUGUUCCUUAUAAACCUUGGAAUGUUUAUCGUUGUGCUGGUUCAGCUGUGCAGGAUUAAGAAUCAGAAGCACAACCACCUUAAGAGAAAUACCUUUCGGGACAUGAAAAGUGUGGCAGGCCUGACGUUCUUGUUAGGAAUCACCUGGGGUUUUGCAUUGUUUGCAUGGGGUGAUGCCAACUUACCAUUUAUGUAUCUGUUUACAAUUUUCAACACACUGCAAGGAUUUUUUAUCUUCAUUUUCCACUGCGCAACCAAAGAAAAUGUUCAAAAACAGUGGAGGAGAUAUCUGUGCUGUGGAAAACUGAGACUUGCUGAAACCUCAGACUGGAGCAGGACUGCAACAAACUACACCAAAAAACAGUCUGUGCGUCAUCCGAUAACAUCCUUUUCUUCAAAUUCAAGUUCAUUAAAUUCUCAUCCAACAUCCAGUGGUUCAAGUACAUAUUUAGUCAACAAUGAAUAUGGUGCAAAUUCAAAUGGCAUUCCUUACAACGACAGUGGUGUGCAGGCACCAAGUACACCUACUGAUGAUGUCGUACUUAAUGAAACCUACUACAAGAAACUACAGUUGGGUCUGAAGGAGGAAAAUGGUUACAAAACACCUAGCAUUUCCUUGAGGAGGACCUCCAAAAAGCGAGGAAGUGUGACAUACAGUGAUGACAUGUAAUGUCUGCUCUUCGUUCUGCCUUUGAUAGACUGCCUAUGUUGACUGGGUGGGUGCUCAGUAUUUCAUUAAUGGCUUGUCCUCUGUACUUUUGUUAGUUUUUUAUGGAUGUUGCUUGAUAUUCAGUUUAAUUCUAAGGAAAAAUAAUUCUUGCACUAAGGUUGACAGUCUAUGCAACUAUUUUUGAAUGUAAUUUGAAAAAAAAAAUCAAUAAACUUUCAUAGCAUGUUCUUUUUUGACUAACCAGAUAUUAAACUGGAGCACAUGCUUGUACAGUAGAUACUGGUAUAUAUUGGCUGGCACUGUCACCCAGUCACUGCCUCUUCACCCCUUGUCUGUGCAGGUGUCCUCCUGACUCUGUGGCUUCACUCCACAUCCUAAAGGGGUGCACAUUUGUUUGACUAUGCAGUGGUGCUUUUAAGUGGCAGGGACCGGGGCUAAUAACUGUGCAGAGUUGCCACAUUUUCGUGAUGCCUUCCUACUCCAUUUCUCCACAUACUGUAAAUUGUAAAUACUUGUGGGUUAGGUUACCUGGAUGCACUUUAUUGGCCCAGAGUGGGUUUCCCUUGUAAUGGAUUGGUGACUCCUGCCUUGAAGUCAUGCUAUGGCUCACGGUGACUUGGCAGUAGAAGUUGUGAAUGGAUGCAUUUACAGCAUUGUACCUGGCACUACUUCAAUAAUGAUAAUGAAAAAGAGUAGUUUCAUUAAGGAUGGCUCAGUGGUGCAGUGGUAUUGCAGUGUUGUAUUGUAGUGAAGAAGACCAGAAUUCAUGUCUCCGGUCCUCAAUGUGUAGAGUUUGCAUGUUCUCCUCAUGUCAGUGUCGGUUUCUCUCUAGGUGCUUCUGUUUCCCCCCACAAUCCUGGCGAUGUUAGAUUGGCCUGAGUGUUUGUGUGUGGUGAAUGUGCACCCUAUGAUAGACUGGCACCCUGUCCAGGGAUUUUACCUGUCGUAUGUUGUUUGCUUGAUGGCGUAGGCUCCAGCUCCCCAGCAACCUUGAUCAGGAUUUGAUUAGAACAGAAUUUGUCUGAUGUAGUCAAUGAAGUAAUGUCCUGCGUUUACAUGGCAGUCACUUAUAACCAGCUACACUUGUAUAAAAUUUAUUGUGUUGUAUAAUAAAGUCCGGAGAAUGGUUGCAGCCCAGAGUUGUCAUUUUGUGCGAGGUGUGCGCCUCAUCUGAUCGCCCUGCAGACAUGUGUACAAGGACUAAAGCUCUGAUCCACAUUACAAAGGUGUAUUUUACAGGACUCUGAUGGACAGGUGGUCUGUCUGGAGCUGUGGAGCUGUUGUCUGCCUUGUGCCCAGUGCUGCCAGGAUAGGCUCUAGCCAAACCUGUGGUACCACCUUUGACUUAUCAGAUUUGAGAAUGUUAUAUAUUACAUUAUGUUAUUUUACAACAAACAUCUUCAAUAACAUUUUCCUGUGCUUUUAUUUAAAAUGAUGACUGGAGAUUUUGAAUUGAUAUUUCUCCUGGGGUAAAUAUUGAAUCAAAUAAAUGAACAAAUGCUCCCUCUCUGAACUUACUGGCAACUUUCUGUAGAUUUUAAGUUUAAGCCAUUAGGCAUAGCUACUCUUCUGCAAAUGAUCUUUUCUUCUUUCUUAUUUUUAUGCAUUUUUUUUCUCAUAUCACAUUCUAAUGUAUUUUAUAUAUUUUUAAGUGUGGAAUCUGAUUGAAUAAUGAGUCAUAAUUUAUAAAUUCUAUAAAAGUGUUUUUAUUCAAUACUGUUAGAGUGCAUUUUGGAUAAUUAGGAUUUAUAUUAAAAUAUUGGCUGUUUUCUAGAAUUUGUCAUUUUUCCUUUGAAAAUGCUAUUCAUGUGUGCUCUUUAUUGUGUUUAUCUCUAAAGAGGCUCUGUAAAUUAAAGGCUACUUGACAUUUUUUUAUCAAUAAGA